AAUAACAGUGCUUGUAGCGAUGAAGUGGAUACCAUAUGUAAUUACAACAUGGAACAUCCACGGAGGGGAUGCGCAAUAAUCAUCAAUAACAAAAAUUUCGAAAAUAUGGAACAGCGUAACGGAACGGAAGUGGAUGCACACAGUCUGAAAACAACAUUAGACAAGCUGGCAUUUGACGUGGAUGAACACACCGACUUGAGUAAAGAUGACAUGGUGGACAUUAUUAAGACAAUAUCACAGACUGAUCACAGGGAUUGCGAUUGUUUAGUGAUCGCUAUUUUAAGCCACGGUGAUGAUGGAAUAGUUCAUGGUACAGAUGGAGAGAGUGUGGCUAUUGAAAGCUUAACAGAAUAUUUCCAUGGAGACAGAUGUCCAAGUCUUGUUGGGAAGCCCAAACUGUUCUUUAUCCAGUCAUGUCGAGGUCACAAGAGUGACGAUGGGGUGCCUUUCGAGUCAGACGGAUCAGAGGUACCAGACUCGUGUACUAAGCACCAACAACGUAUCCCACGAACAGCCGAUAUACUGGUAUUCUACAGUACCGUGCAAGGCUACUACUCAUGGAGAGACCCAGUACACGGUUCGUGGUUCAUUCAGUCCCUAAGUCACGUGUUACAGAAGUACAGUCAAACUAGGUCCAUGCAAGAUAUGCUGACCAUUGUGACCAACCGUGUAGCUUCACUGUACGAGACCAGUAACAAACAGAAAAAAUAUGAUAAAAAGAAACAAGUUCCUUCAAUGAUUACUACAUUGACAAAACGAU